GUCAUUUGGCGUUGAUCUAGUCACUUUUAUAACAGGUAUCAUUGGCAAAACUCCCCUCAUCCGACGGUGUGGAAGGUGCAAAAAUGGAAUUUUCCGGGUUUCCUAGCCCUUCACUUGCGCACUGUGUGUUCGCCGCAGCGCCACGGGGUCCACCUCCCAGGAAGGCUGAGUGACCCUGCCGCCCCGGACUGCUUUUAAGGGGGCCUCGGGCUUGCACGCUCGCCCCGCGCCGGAGCGCUCCGGCCCGGCCAGGGAGCGGCCCCUUGUAGAGGUCUGAGGAGCCUAUCGUGGUCCAGCCCGGCGCCCGACCCUCCCACCGUUCGGCCACUGGCCCGCUUCUUCCUGAUGCAGACUGCCGUCCACUAGAGGCUGGACAGGACCCCCGAGUGUCCAGGGUAUGGAUUGUGAACAAGUUGGUUUUGUUUCACGUGUUCAUUUGACUGUUAUUUAGGACCCUUCGCUAUAAGUAGAAGUCAGCUCAGGUAAUAACAAGGGAGACUAUUCUAACAAUAUAAAGAUUUCUUUCAGAUCUGGAUCUGGGGACUGGAAAUAUGAAGGUGUUAAGAAGCACUUUGUAUUCUUUCUCAGUUGACUGCAUUUGUGUGAUAAUUAGGCCACAAGUGGAUGCCUAUAGCUGCUCUUUGAAAUGUUUAGUUCUAGUAAUAGAUAGUCAGUAUACAUCUCUUCCCUUUCUCCUCUCUCCUGCCUUUCUAGAUUUGUUGACAAAAUGGUAUUCAUCUUGAUUAAUAUUUCCCAGGUAGAUCUGACCAUAUGUGAUUAGGGCUAGACCCAAAGAGGAGCUUACCUGCUAGGAAUUCUAGGCAGGCUGGGCAGACAGAGGAUGGCACCCAGUAUUCAAGACAGGUGCGCUAAUGUCUUUGGAUUUUUUUAAACAGGAAGUUUAUCAUUGCUUGAUCGCCAUAUGAUAUUUUUGCCAUAAUUAGGUAUUUUGAUCACUUUUUUUGAGACAAAAAUCUCACUCCGUAGGCCAGGAUGGUUUGCAACUUGUAGAAAUCCUCCUGCCUCAACUUUCCAAGUAGCUGUGAUUAUAGGAAUGACCCACCAGACUUGAGAUUGGUUCACUUUUUGAUAUAUCCUGCAAGAGGAUCAUAAGCUGAGGCAGGCCUUGAGUGCCUGUAUCCCUAACAAAUACCUCCCCCAAAGAAGUAUAAUAUCUCUUUUAUUUUUGAUGCAUAGGGAUUGAACCAGGAUAGGAAUUGAACCUGGAGACUUGCACAUGUUCAGUUGUAUUGCAGGUCAUUUAUCUCCUUUUAAAUGUUGUCAUUUAGGGGCUGGAGAGGUGGCUCAGUGGUUAAGAGCACUUGUUGCUCUUAUAGAAAGUGAGUUUGGGUCAUAGAACCCACAUGCUGGCUCACAAGCAUCUGUAACUCCAGUUCACCUAUCGAAAGCCAUCUUUUGAACCAGGCAUACAUGUGGUUCACAUACAUAUAUGCAGGCAAAACAUUUAUACACACAGAACAAAUAAAUGUAAAAAAAUUUUCAUUUAGAUACAUUUUUUCAUAAAUGUUCAUGAACAUAGCUGUUUGAAACAUUUCUAGGUAGAAGUAAUUAUUGAAUCACUUUUCUUACAAUGUUGAAGAUUGAUUUCAGGGCUUUGUGCAUGGUAGGCAAGCACUCUACUAAGCUCCUGACCUUAGAGAAGAUCUCUAUGAUAUGAAGUAAUAUGUGUGUGUGUGUGUGUGUGUGUGUGUGUGUGUGUGUGUAUGUAUAUAUAUGUGUAUAUAUAUAUAAAUAAUUUAGGCAAUGUCAAAAUAACAGAUUAACAAAAUAGGAAUACUCUAUUCAUAGUAUAUGAAUGGUAAUGUUGUUAAAUUAUCAUUGUUGUUAAAUUAUCGUUGAAUAUGCCUGGUAUGUCUGGAUUAUCUGUGAUUAAUUGGUAACCACCACCCUGAGUAAGUAAUACCAAAAUUUUUAUCCAGUUUAAUUUGUUAUGAUGUUUUACUUGAUAAUUAUUUUGAAAAUUGGUAAUUAGGAUUAUUGUAGCCUUAUACUAAUCAGAAUGUUUGACUAUCUAGAUACCAUGCUGUUUGAGGUCACUUUGUUCCUAGUAUUUUAUUUUUGUACAUAUGCCUUAUAUCACUUAGAAACUUCUGAGCUAAUUAACUUUACUUUAAAAAAAUGUUUUAGACAAGCUCAGCAUUGUGGUUCAAUCCUUUUAAUCCUAGUACUUGGGAGACAGAGACAGGCAGAUUUCUGUGAGUUUGAGGCUAACCUGUUCUACAAAGAGAGUUCCAGGACAGCCAGGGCUGUUGAACAGAGAAACCCUGUCUUAAAAAACGAAAACAAACAAAAAAUUGAGACAAGAAAACAAUUGAUGAGUAGUAUGUAGCCUAGAUUGGCUUUUAAUCCUCUAUAUAACCAGGCUGGCCUCAAACUCAAUCUUUUUGCCUCAGCCUCCUGAAUAAUAGGACUUAGGUAUAUACUUUGUGAGUUAAAAUAAUUCUGAUAAAUAUGAUUUAUGUCAUCUAGAACAGCCCCCCUAAAAAUAGCUCUCUGUCCUAUGUUUCUCAAAAUUUCAUAUUAAAAAACACUUUUUUUAGUGGUUUCGCAAACCUUUAAUUCCAGCACUUGGAAGGCAGAGGCAGGUAGAUCUCUGAGUCUGAGGGCUAGCCUGUUCUACAAAGCAAGUUCCAGAACAGCUGGGGCUAAAUAGAGACCCUGUCUCAAAAACAAGAUUUAAAAAUAUUUUUAAAGAUUAUUUUUGCCUUUUUUAAUUUUUAUUUUUUGUACAAGGUCUUACUGUGUAGCCAUGUUCAGCCAGGAGGCAGAUGCAGGUAAAUCAAAAUUCAAGACCAGCCUGAUUUACAUAGUGAGUUCCAGGCCAUCCAGGGCUGUAUAGUAAGCCCAUACCCCCAAACAAUAACCUGGUUAAAAUUGUAUAACUUUAAAUUAAUGGUAUACUAAAUAAAUAUUUCUAUCUUAAUUUCAUUUAGUGUAUAUAAAUGUGCUAUCUUUGAUUAGUGAACAUUUAAUGUGGUAGAAUCGGUGGGCCUUAAAGAUGGGUUAAGAGAUUCAACACUGAUUAAAUAGGUUAAAAAGUCAAGAAGUUAAAAGAUAGUGUCAUAGAUAACAUUGAAACAGUAGGAAAUCUAUGAUCACCUCCUCAUGAGAGUGGAGGAGUGGUGCCUUAGUGUCUUGAAUGCUGCCUUUUCCUCCUUGACCACAUCUAUUGUACAGAGAAGAUUCCUGACUGGCACAUAUGUCCAUAUGUAAUGUAGUACCUGGCACACAGGUGCUUUUCCUUCAGUAAAUAACAGUGAAGUUAUGGUAAUAGAAUAGUGAGAUUGGCAGGUGUUGCCUCUAGAAGGAGGAGAUAGAGUAGGUGACAGGAGUCAGAUGUGUUGCCAGUGGCUUAUUUGGAAAGGCCUUUGAUCCACACAUCCAACCAGAGCAAAAAGGAAUUGAGAUUAGGUCCCAGCAUUGUCACUUGUCAGGGUUUCAGAGUCACAGAUGUUAACUUCUACAUCUUUUGAUUGUGUUCUUCUAGCCUGGCAUGAUCUGUAGGUAGCCUUUCAGCAAAGGGCUCAAACAUACAAUUCGAAAACUGUUUUCAAAGUGGCUGUAUUGUGGGGCACAUGGUGUACUUCUGUAUUUCUAGGGUUUGGGGGUCUGAAACAGGAAGAUGCUGUGAGUUCAAGGCCUGGGCUAUAGCAGAGUGAGACUCUGAAACCCUGUCUGAAAACCACCUCUCCUUCAAUGGCUAUAAUGUUUCAGAGAUUUAUCCAUAUCACUUAAGCUUAGUUUGGUAACAUCUUUUUGAUUGUGCAUCAGUACUUACCAGUAGGGAAUGGCCUUAGAGUUGUUCAAAGUAAAAACUGUUCAUAGACACUGAGGACAGAUCAAGCAUGAUCAGCAUGGUUUUUGUUUAGUUAGAAGGUAUGUAGGACAAAGGCAAAGAGGCAAGGAAAAUGGAGACUCUGGCAGGAGUUGUUGAUCUGAUAUGGGAAAGUUUAAGAUGUAAAAAGGUGAGAAAAUUAAGAUAUGAUAAGGCAGGUGAAGAAAGAGAAAGAUGAUCACUAGCUGUGGUGGUAGAGGCUUAUGAUCCUAGCGCUUGGGAGACAGGAGGCCUAUGAAUCUGACCAGCUUGCACUAUAUGGUGAGUUUCUUUCUUUAAAAGGAACAAUGUUGGGCUGGAGAGAUGGCUCAGAGGUUAAGAGCACUGCCUGUUCUUCCAGAGGUCCUGAGUUCAAUUCCCAUCAACCACAUGGUGGCUCACAACCAUCUGUAAUGAGAUCUGAUGCCCUCUUCUGGUGUGUCUGAAGACAGUGACAGUGUACUUAACAUAUAAUAAAUUAAUUUUUUUUAAAUAAAGGAGCAGUGUUUAUUAUGAAGUUGAUAGUUUGAAUUUCAGAUGUAGACUAAUUCUGGAUGAAGGCAGUCUAAAGGUUUGCAGUGGAAUAAGGAUAGUUUACAGGAGUUGAGAGAUACUGGGGGCUGUGAUUCAGUGUGUGUGGGGUUGUCUUUUGUGAAUGCUGAAUAGGUGCAUAUAACUCAGCUAGGUGCCAGUUAGAUGGGAGAGCCAAUGAUCAAGAAAUGUGUAACGAGCGAAUAGAAGAUGGAUUUUUAUCUUACUAAAGGCCCAAGAUUUUUUUAGGAAAAGGGUGGUCAAAAGUUAAGGAAAGGAUUAGAAGUAUCUGUAUGCCUUGAAAGAGUAUUUUUCUUAGAAUAAUGAAGGUAAGAAUAGAAGCAGGAUGUCUGUAAAGUGGGAAUUUGAGAAAAAAUGUUCAAUUUAAAUGGGGAUGGAGAAGGAACUUUGGACCAACAUAUACGUGUAAUGAAAUUUGUAUAUAAUGAAGCAAGGUUUCACAGGACAUGUUGGAAGGAAUUUUGAGGGCAUCCUGGAAUGGAGAGAUCAUUAGAGAGGAAGCUAGGAACUAUGUGAGCAUGCAAAGAAAGAACAAGAUAGAAGAUGGCCUGAGAUGGGUGUUAGGGGGAAAAAGAAAAUUGCUUCAAUUCAUAAAUAGAUUAGACUAAGUUUAGUUUUGCCUUAUUUCGACCUAAUUUAUUUUUCUUAUUUAUAUUUUUGUGAUGCUCACAAUUGAACCCAGGCAGGGCUGCAUACUAAAUACACACUCUACUUCUGAGCUAUGUCCCUAGCUAGCCUGAAACUUGCUAUGUAGAUAAGGCCUUGAACUCAGAGAAAUACACUUGCUUGUACCUUACUUAGUGUUGGAUUUAAAGAUUGCCUUCAUGCCCAGCCUCCUGGAUCUACUUUUAUUUGUACUGUUUUAGUUUCAUUUCUUAACUAUGUAGACAUUUUUAAACUUUCUUUUAAAAUGACAUACUGUAAAUAUAAAAAAAGUAUUCAUCUGUUUUUUAAAAAUGAGAUUAAUCAGGUAAGUAUAAAAGAAGUGUUCUUACAACUCAUUACCUAGGUUUAUCAUUUUGGUAUCUUCUUCCAGACUUUUUCUCAUCUGAACAAAUACAUAUGUAUUUGAUUUUUGAAGGUAUACUCAGCAUAUUGUGGUAACAUCUAAUAAACAUCCUUUGUUAGACUAGGCAGAUUGCUAUCACCAGUCUUACCUGUUAUUACUAAUCUACCAUUAGGCUGUACCAUUUAUUUAUAAUCUGUGUCAAACCUUUUUGUUUUAGAGUGUCUUGUUAUGUAGCCCUGGCUUGCGUGGAACUUAUUGCAGUCCUCCUGCCUUAGCUUCUUGAGUGCUUGGAUUAUUUUAUAGGUAUGUUCCACAUGCCCCAUAAGUGUUAAACUUUUGGCUAUUUUUUUUUUUUUUGUAGAUAAGGAAUGUUUGUCUAUGUAGUUCAGGAACUUUUCUGGAACUUGCUCUGUAACUAGGGCUGACUUUGAAUUCUCAGCAAGCUUUGUUUAUCACCUUCCUUCUAUUCCUCCAACCAUUUCCCUUCUUCUUUUCUCCCUCCUUCAUCAUUCAUAGGCUAGCCUGGAACUCUGGAUUCAAGUGAUUUUUUUUUUUUCUCUUUCGGUUUCUCCUAUAGCUGGAAGUGCAGAUGCAUGCUGCUGUGUCAGAUACUUUAUAAUGGUUUACUAUACAUAGUGCUAGGAAGAAGUUUAUCUGUAUAACUUGGCAUGUUUAUCCAAUUAUUUUCUUUGGGAUGCAAUUUCUAGGCAUUUUUGAGAUUUUUGGUUUUUUUCCCCCUAUUUGUUGGCUUUUCUUUAAGUGUUUGCUUAUGAAAUCUUUUGUAUUCCUAAUUUUGAAACAUGAAAGUAUUUGAUGAAUUGUAUAAAUUCAGAUAAGUAGAUAUUGUUUAUAAGUUUACAGGUUAUCACUAUUUUUUAAUAGAUCUGUCUUUAGUAGAGUCUCUUUCCCAGGUAGGAAGCCAAAACAUUAGCUUGGAAACUUUCAUGGAAGGUUGUCUUAUCUUCUCUUUAAACAUUUAUAUACUUAGGACUUUGCUAGUAGAUCUAAUAUAUUAUAAAACGGUUAUAACUAUUAAUAAUACCUUCCCUAUAUAUGGUCAUGAUUAAUACUGUUUUUUAAUUACUCUUUUUCAGGUGAUUCAUGGCAGGGGACGUGGAAGGAUUCUGUUCCUCCAUCCAUGACACCAGUGUCUCUGCUGGGUUCAGAGCACUGUAUGAGGAGGGAUUGCUUCUUGAUGUCACUCUGGUUAUUGAAGACCAUCAGUUCCAGGCCCAUAAAGCCCUCCUGGCCACCCAGAGUGAUUACUUCAGAAUUAUGUUCACAGCAGAUAUGAGGGAACGAGAUCAGGACAAAAUUCAUUUGAAGGGUCUAACAGCUACUGGUUUCAGCCACGUUCUUCAGUUUAUGUAUUAUGGAACUAUAGAACUAAGUAUGAAUACUGUUCAUGAAAUCCUUCAGGCAGCAAUGUAUGUUCAGCUUAUAGAAGUGGUGAAAUUCUGCUGCUCUUUUCUCUUAGCCAAAAUCUGCUUAGAAAAUUGUGCGGAAAUUAUGAGACUGUUAGAUGAUUUUGGUGUUAACAUCGAGGGAGUCAGGGAGAAGCUGGAUGCCUUUCUGCUAGACAACUUCGUGCCACUCAUGUCCAGGCCUGACUUCCUGUCUUAUCUGAGCUUUGAGAAGCUCAUGUCUUAUUUGGAUAAUGAUCAUCUGAGCAGGUUUCCAGAAAUAGAGCUGUACGAGGCUGUGCAGUCUUGGCUGCGACAUGAUAGACGACGGUGGAGACACACAGAUACCAUCAUUCAGAACAUCAGGUUUUGUCUGAUGACUCCAUCCAGCGUUUUUGAGAAGGUUAAAACAUCAGAAUUUUAUAGAUACUCCCGACAGCUGCGGUAUGAAGUUGACCAAGCAUUGAAUUACUUCCAAAAUGUUCACCAGCAACCCUUGUUGGACAUGAAAUCAAGCCGUAUUCGUUCUGCCAAACCCCAAACUACAGUAUUCCGAGGAAUGAUUGGACAUAGCAUGGUUAAUAGUAAAAUACUCCUGUUAAAGAAACCAAGAGUCUGGUGGGAACUGGAGGGCCCCCAAGUACCUCUAAGACCAGACUGCCUUGCCAUUGUCAAUAAUUUUGUGUUCCUGCUAGGUGGCGAAGAGCUGGGCCCCGAUGGAGAAUUCCAUGCCUCUUCGAAAGUGUUCAGGUAUGAUCCAAGACAAAAUUCUUGGCUGCGUAUGGCAGACAUGUCUGUACCACGUUCAGAAUUUGCUGUUGGUGUCAUUGGGAAGUUUAUUUAUGCUGUAGCAGGCAGAACAAGAGAUGAAACUUUCUACUCAACAGAAAGAUACGAUAUCACUAACGAUAAAUGGGAAUUCGUAGAUCCUUAUCCAGUUAACAAAUAUGGACAUGAGGGGACAGUGCUCAAUAACAAGUUGUUUAUCACUGGAGGAAUCACUUCAUCUUCCACAUCUAAACAGGUGUGUGUAUUUGACCCCAGUAAAGAAGGGACCAUAGAACAGCGGACCAGGAGAACUCAAGUGGUUACCAACUGCUGGGAGAAUAAAAGCAAGAUGAAUUAUGCUAGAUGCUUUCACAAGAUGAUCUCUUAUAAUGGCAAGCUUUAUGUCUUUGGUGGUGUCUGUGUGAUCUUGAGGGCCUCUUUUGAAUCUCAGGGCUGCCCUUCCACAGAGGUGUAUAACCCAGAUACUGAUCAAUGGACCAUCUUGGCAUCUAUGCCAAUUGGUAGAAGUGGUCACGGUGUGACUGUGCUGGACAAACAAAUCAUGGUCCUUGGGGGCCUUUGUUAUAAUGGUCAUUACAGUGAUUCCAUUCUCACCUUUGACCCAGAUGAAAAUAAGUGGAAAGAAGAUGAGUACCCUCGGAUGCCCUGCAAGCUGGAUGGUUUACAGGUGUGCAACCUCCAUUUUCCGGACUAUGUACUGGAUGAGGUUAGGCGUUGCAACUGAUGACAUCUUUCUCCCUAAAAGGAAAAAGGCAAAUAAAGCAUUUGUGAUACAGUAGUUUAAAAGCAUAAAGAAAAACCUCACCAGUUUUACUAUCAAAGCCAUUGGUCUAAUAUUGUAAGUUUUCAUUCUGUGCUAGCAUCUUUCCUUUCAGUGGCCUCAAACUCAUGCAAUAAGUUCCUUUGAAGCACUAGCUCUUGAAACUACUUCCAAAGCAGUUUAUACAUACACUGCUCCACUUACCCGGGAAGUUGAUCCUUCUGCUUUAAAUAUUUCUUUCAGAUGUUAGUGUAGGAUUUGUGCAUCUUCUAAGAGAAGACCCAGUAAGUGUCACUGGAUUUGAUUUCAGUCCCUCUGUUUGAACUCUUUGGAAAUUAUUUUAGUCUGCUAUAUGUUUUGGUUUAUUAUUUAAAAGUUUAAAACUCUUGACCUUUUUGCAUGGCUUUUUGCUGAAAAUGCAAAAAUUUAAAUUUUUUACAAAAGUUUUUUAUAUCAGAACACUAUUUCUAAGCUGCCUUCUCUUAUGUGCAUUGCGUUAGUGAAAGCAUACCCAUACUCAUAUACAUCCUAGAAAUAUAUAAGGCACACUCCUUUUAUGCGUGGUUAGGAUUCUAUAUUUUUAAGCUAGUGCUCUUGCACAGACAGUUCGCCAUACUUGUUGAAAUUUAGAUGUAAUGUCUUUAAUGUAUUAAUGUUUUUAGAAAGUUAAAAUAACUGGAGUCCUCAUUUGGUAUCAAAGUAGUCUAUCCUCUGUCCGUACUGGUUCAGUAAAAUUUGAACUCAUAGUUCUGAAACAUGUAUGGAUUUACAAAAGCUAACGUUUGGCAUUUUGUUUUCAAAACUAAGCAUUAAUGUUUCAUGUCAAUGUAUGCCUUUUCUUGUUUAAAAAUGUUUUUCUUUGCAGUCUGUUUAAUGUUGGUUGCCCCUUUUUAGUGAGAAUCUGAGUGGUCUGUGUCAAGCUCUGACCCUGCAUCAUACAAGCACUUUUAAAGGAAAGUUAGGUAAUACCACACACUCCUAAGUUAAAGCCCCUUAAGAGGAAGUGAAACCCCCAUUGUUUCCCUCCAGGCUGCUGCAGGUGUUGAAUGUGGGCCAGCAACUCUUACACAGUCAAUUUGAGCUCAGUUUUGACUGAGAGGUAAGGGACGAGUUAUAUUACUGCUUAUAUUAUAUCUGCUUGAUCAGUUUGUACAAAAUAUUCGUUGGCACUAGAGAGAUAUCAACCCUCAAUGUGGGUUGUUUUUUGUUUUUCUUUUUUCUUGUUUCUUUUCCUUUUUUUUUUUUUUUUUGUAGUUUCUGGAAGCUACUAGCAUGAAGGAUAGGUCACCGGAAAGUUUGGAAUGAAUCUCAAAUAGCUGUUUUAAAGGCAUUUAUAAUAAGUGGUUUAGGAUUAGCUGCACAUUUCAACUCUUUAAAUUCGAAGGAAGGAAAUAGAGCUGAAAAAAUUAAGAAUGAUCUGUGAAUGGAUCAUUCAAAUUGAUACCAUUGACGCCAUUUUCUCAUGAGCAGUCUGUAUGUGAUUAAAGCUUACACUGGCUUAGCUUGCCAGAUCUGUGAUUUUGGUGCAAUAUUGCAAUGCCUUCUAUAUGGCUGCUGAUGUAUACAUUUUUCUAGUUAGUUUGUUUUGUUUUAUUUUUGCUGCUGGCACCAUUGACUAUAAAAUGGAAGUGUGAAAUCAUGGAAAUGUGAAGACUUUGGGUUCUUCUUCUCCCUUUCCCUCCACACUGCAGUCCAUUGUGUGAGUAAAGCCUGAUUUUCAAAACUGUAAAACCAGAGGAGUUUGAGUUUUAGAAAGUGUCAGGUACACAAGUAGCUUUUAAAAAGGAAAACCCCCUUUUCCCCUUCAGGAAUCAAAACAAUGGCUUCUUCUUUUACAUAUGAUUCUUCCAUUUUCAUUAGGUGGUCUUUCAUUUAUUUCUGAUUUCUGAAAAUAAAAUUUGAUAUUUGAGUUUCCCUUAGAAUGUAGGUAAAAAGUUUUUUAUUUUAAAAAUAAGUUUAUUUUGUUUUUGGAAACUAUAAAUUAGGUCAGCCAUCUUAUUUUUUAAUAUACUUAGAAGUUUGUAUGUGUUGCUUUAAAUAAAAUAAUGUCUUCAUUAUUUUCCUUGAUAUCUUUUGCUGGAAAUGACCAAGAAGAGGACAUCAGACAGGGUACCCAUAUCAAAGGCUUUAUAUAUACUCCAGUGGCAGUUCUCUGGAAUUGCUUUGUUACAACUUCCUAGUCCUGUGUAGGGUAACAUCUGCACAAACAAUUGAAUAUUCUUGGUCUUCCAUUUUGAAGAUACAAGGCCAAGGUCAAGGAUUGUUUCAAAAAAUUCGUGAAAUCUUAACUUGAACUAAUUCUGGGUUCAGCUUCAAGUAAGUCAUGUCUGACUAUAAUUUUUAGCAGUAAUCAGUUUUGAGCUUUAAGACUAGUUGCAAUUGCUUGGGUUCAGAAUGUAUGAGGAAUCUGUAGUUCUAAUUUAGAUUGUAAAUCCACAAAUAACUUUACAUUCCCUUUUAAAAUUAUGGUUUAAUAGCUGCAAGAGAUUUAUUUUUGUUAUACUAAACUAUGGAAAUUUUCUCAGAGUUUUUCAAGCUUUUCUGUGCUUCAUUUGGAACUACUUUGUUUAUAUGCUUUGUAUAUGAUCAAGAUUGUCAUUUUGGAAAAACUCAGUGGUUUGAAACUAUAUGGUUUAACUGUUAGGAUCUUUAAAUGUGUCAUCUUUUAUUUCACAUUUUAAAAACUAAACUUCACAAAAAGUAGCUGAUUUUUUUUAAUGGUAUUUUAACUGGCACUGCUUGGCUUUUUUUUUUUUUUUAAAUGUGUCUUUGAGCUUCCAAGUUUUGAUGUUAAAGAAAAUCCUUGCACUACAGGCUUUUCAUAAAAUACAAGAUUCUCACAUUGAAGGUUUUGUAUUGGAAGAAAUGCUACUGGUUUCUAAAAGGCAAAGAAUUGUAGAAUGAUUAGCAUUUCUUGAUAGCUUUUCCUUUGUCCUCCCCAUUGUUCUGCUUUAUGUGAGUGUUACUCUAAUUAUGAAUAGUUACUGAGCCCUUCACAUAUCUUUUUUAAAGCAGCACCUUUGUACACCUCAUUCUAGGAAGCUUGCUUGAAUCACAGUAAAGAACACACAUACUUGUGUGGAAAGAAGUAAAAUGGAGAGUUUUGUCUUAAUUACACGAAACUAAGCUUUAAAAUAUUUUAUAACAAAUUAUUUGAGCUGCAUAAUCUAAACAUGUCAAACGUUUUGUGGGACUAUUUUUAUAUAUGUAUAUGUGGGUUUAGGUCAUAACAUUUCAGUUUAUAAUAUAAAUUGUUAUUUCAGUUUAUAAGCUAUCUCUCAAAAGAGACUAGCUCUUUUGAGAAUACAUAAUUUAAAGUUUUAGACUGAAUUAAAAAAACAUAGACAAUAGCCUAAAUUAGAAAUAUUUGAGGGCUACACAGCAGUGAGACUGCUAGUGCCAGUUUUCUUGUUUGUCUGCUACGUUUUCAGUUUCUGUUUUGUUUUGUUUUUGUAUUCUAAACAUUUUGAGAAAUCAUGCAUUUGUUUAAUUACAUUUAGAGUCGUUUGGGAAUAAAUAUCUUCUAAAAAGAGAUUUAUCUUAAAAAUUAAAUCCCCCCAAAUUAGUUUCUAAGAGUUUAUUACUUCAAAUAACGUAUAGGCAUAGACUGGAAUAGAUCAUUCAUGGGAACCCCAUCCUUCCCUUGUAUCAGUAUAACUCCCACCAUUAUGUGAGUAGCCUUGAGAACGCUGUCAGCUCUGUUCCUUCCAAAAAUAUUUGGGUUUUCUUUUGACUUCUUUGGGAACAGCUGCAUUAAAAGUUACUAAUCAGUGUAUCAGUAAGGACUAGGUGUUACUUUUUGAAGGAAUGUCCUGAAGAGGUGAUCAGAAAGGUUCUUUUUUCCUUUCUUUUCUUUUAACUUAACUUGUAUAUGCCCUAUGCUCUGGGGCAUACUUUGUCUAUAGAAAAAUAUUUUGACCUUUAGGUACCUUUGGGGCCAGUAGUCAAAUAAUCCUAGGGCCGAUAUUAAAAUCUUAGGAUGAUUUAAGGUUUGCCUUUUAUACCUGUUUUGAAAGCCUUUACAUUUUUUGUCAGGUAAUUUUUUCCCAAGCCGUGGAUAUAAUCUAUUCAACAUGUUUAUGCUAUCCAUUCUGUUUUUAAAUUGAAAAAAAGUUAAAAGUGUUUAUGAAGAAAAGUUUAAAUAAAAUAUUUUUAAUCUUUAAAA